UGUGCGUCAUUUCUGGAGAGACGCAAGCUAGCAGGUAACGUUAGCUACAGCUAAACAUCAAAGAAUGAUGGCGUCAGCCGCGAUGGAUACCACGUAAAUAAAUCACGACACGGACGGUACGGUCGGGGUUUUUCUGUGGAUCAUUAACGGUGCUUUGAAUAAUUAGAAUAAAACAUAGAAGCGUGUCGUUAUGGCGACCGGGAGCGGCGACAGCGUCGGCGGCGGCUUAGCGUCAAACCAUGACGGUCAGGAGGCAGCAUCCAAUGCGGUUCAGUCGGUUCAGUCUGGAGCCGCAGCGGUGCUCUCCAACGUGCCAGCCUCCGGCCCUGCCCGGUCCGCCUCCCCGCCUGUCCUCGGCCUUCACCGGGAACCCAUGUACAACUGGCAGGCGACGAAGAGCUCCCUGAAGGAGCGCUUCGCCUUCCUCUUCAACAACGAGCUGCUCAGCGACGUCAGGUUUAUAGUGGGGAAAGGCAGACAGGCCCAGAGGAUACCGGCCCAUAAAUUUGUCCUGGCAGCUGGCAGUGCCGUUUUUGAUGCCAUGUUCAACGGAGGGAUGGCCACAACUUCGGCCGAAAUAGAGCUGCCUGAUGUGGAACCGGCAGCCUUCCUCGCCCUGCUCAGGUUCUUGUAUUCUGACGAGGUCCACAUUGGUCCAGAGACUGUGAUGACGACUCUGUAUACAGCUAAGAAGUAUGCGGUGCCUGCUCUGGAGAGUCACUGUGUGGAGUUCCUCACCAAGCACCUCAGAGCCGACAACGCGUUCAUGCUCCUCACUCAGGCAAGGUUAUUUGAUGAGCCUCAACUUGCCGGUCUCUGCUUAGACACCAUAGACAAAAGCACUGCGGACGCAAUAAACGCAGAGGGCUUUACAGAUAUUGACCUCGAAACCUUAUGUGCAGUGCUACAAAGAGACACACUCAGCAUCAGGGAGAACCGCUUAUUUGGGGCGGUGGUCCGCUGGGCAGAGGCCGAGUGUUACAGACAACAGCUCCCCCAGACCUCGGAGAACAAACAGAAGGUUCUGGGGAAAGCCCUCCCGCUCAUCCGCUUCCCGCUCAUGACUGUUGAGGAGUUUGCUGCAGGGCCUGCCCAGUCUGGAAUAUUGUUCGAUCGGGAGGUGGUAAAUCUGUUUUUACACUUUACAGUAAACCCCAAACCACGGGUCGACUACAUCGACAGGCCCCGCUGCAGCCUCAGGGGGGAGGAGUGCAGCAUUAAUAGAUUCCAGCAGGUUGAGAGUCGAUGGGGGUACAGUGGUACCAGCGACAGAAUCAGAUUCAAUGUUAACAGAAGAAUAUGCAUAGUGGGUUUUGGCUUGUAUGGUUCAAUACAUGGCCCCAAUGACUAUCAGGUCAACAUACAGAUUUUAGAGAGCGACAAACGCAUUACGCUGGGGCAGAACGACACAGGUUUUAACUGUGACGGCACAGCCAACACUUUCAGAGUGAUGUUCAAAGAGCCUGUGGAAAUCCUACCCAGUGUCAGCUACACUGCAUGUGCCACCUUAAAGGGCCCAGACUCUCAUUAUGGCACAAAAGGGUUAAAGAAAGUGACCCAGGAAUCAGUGACGGGGACCAAGACGACCUUUUUCUUUUUUAGCUCACCAGGAAAUAAUAACGGUACAUCAGUGGAGGAUGGGCAGAUACCAGAGAUCAUCUACUACACCUAGACUUAACACAGUGUCAUGCAGGUACACUGAGCCAGACACCUCAGACUGCUGGGAAGACUGGACUGCUGGAGAUAAACGUAGUGCCUCAUGAUCCCUUGGAAUAAAGAAUGUGUGUGUGUUUGAGAGAGUGUGUGUGUGUAUGUGCAUAUCUGUCUAUACAAUAGCGGUGUACAGACAUGAUCAAGAAUGUGGAAACAAGCGGAGUUGUGGGAAAAUCACAGCUCUUGUAUGAAGAAAAGUUUUUGUGGCAUAAACUGUUUCAUCAUUUGUAAAUUAUCUAAAUACUGUUGUCCUGUCUGUGUGUUGUUAUCAGUAAGCUGCCAGUGCAGGAGUUAAUCCUGCACGAGGGAAACUAGAGAGACUGCUACCAUUUGUUGGCUGGCGCUAUUUCAUUUAGUUAUUUUCUCAGCUUUUGGUGAUGCAUUUACAGAAAGUAUAACAUUUGCAUAUUUUUUUAUUGUGCACUGUUAUCAUUUAUUCAGCAGGUGUCUUCAAGUACUUUGUUUUUGCAUUGUAUCAAGGAUCCAUGUGUGUUGUGUAACUUCGCCAGUGGUACUGUACAUUCUGUAAUUUAUGACUACAUGUUUGCAUAGCACUUCAUUAAAAUGUAAAAA